CAAGUUGAGGAUAGUAUCGAGAAUUAGUACAAAACUUGUAUGAAACUUCUACUAGUCAAACAAUGGAACUGAUUGGUAGCCCCAUGAACUUAGAUCUCCUCCAUAAACUUAGGAAAGAAAUCCCAAAGCUCUGAAGCAGAGAGAGAGAAAUGGAUGGUGAAGAGAGAGGGUACUGGAGAUGGAGCAAGAAGGAUUUCUUUCCUGAGGAAUCUUUCCAGAGCUUGGCUAGUUACAGAGCAGCUCUGUCUCAGACAUGUUCAAGGUUCAAGAACAGGUUGGUUAGUAGGUCUGAUGAUGAGAACGAGCGGUUCGAGCUCAGGAAACAGAGCGAGCACGAGAUGAAACGUUGUCUCACGUGGUGGGAUUUACUCUGGUUCGGAUUCGGGUCAGUGAUCGGGGCUGGAAUCUUUGUCUUGACAGGUCAAGAAGCUCAUGAACAAGCAGGACCAGCUAUUGUCUUGUCCUAUGUUGUUUCAGGUUUUUCCGCAAUGCUCUCUGUCUUCUGCUACACGGAGUUCGCUGUGGAAAUCCCCGUGGCUGGUGGUUCGUUCGCUUAUUUACGGAUCGAGCUCGGAGAUUUCGCAGCUUUCAUCACUGCAGGAAAUAUACUUCUUGAGAGUAUAGUUGGAACUGCAGCUGUUGCUAGAGCCUGGACUUCAUAUUUUGCAACUCUUCUGAAUCGCAGCCCAAACGCUCUACGGAUCAAAACUGACCUCACUAGUCCCGGUUUUAACCUCCUGGACCCGAUAGCUGUCUUGGUUUUAGCUGUUGCAGCUACACUCGCAUCCAUAAGCACCCGGAAGACUUCAUUGCUUAACUGGAUAGCUUCUGCUAUCAACACUUUAGUGAUACUUUUCGUGAUAAUCGCAGGUUUUAUCCACGCCAAGACCUCGAACUUGACUCCAUUCUUGCCUUAUGGACCCGAGGGAGUGUUUCGAGCAGCUGCAGUUGUGUACUUUGCAUAUGGAGGAUUUGAUAGCAUAGCAACAAUGGCUGAAGAAACCAAGAAUCCAUCAAGAGACAUACCGAUUGGAUUACUCGGUUCAAUGUCGAUAAUCACUGUGAUAUACUGCUUGAUGGCAUUGUCCUUGAGUAUGAUGCAGAAGUACACAGAGAUAGAUCCAAACGCAGCUUACUCGGUAGCGUUCCAGAGCGUUGGAAUGAAAUGGGGAAAGUACUUGGUGGCUCUUGGUGCCCUCAAAGGGAUGACUACUGUUCUUCUAGUAGGAGCAUUGGGACAAGCACGAUACGUUACUCACAUUGCAAGGACGCAUAUGAUACCGCCUGUAUUUGCACUUGUCCAUCCCAAAACCGGAACACCAAUAAACGCAAACCUCCUUGUAACAAUCCCAAGUGCUCUCAUUGCUUUCUUUUCAGGUUUAGAUGUUUUGGCGAGCCUCCUAUCGAUAAGUACUCUUUUCAUCUUCACAAUGAUGCCCAUCGCACUACUAGUGAGGAGAUACUACGUUAGAGAAGUCACUCCAAGAGCUGAUCUUCUUAAGCUUAUCAUUUGCAUCUUGAUCGUUGUUGCUUCUUCAAUGGCUACUUCAGCUUAUUGGGGAAUGAGACUCAAGGGAUCAUGGAUCGGAUACACAGUAACAGUUCCUUUCUGGUUCUUGGGGACAUUGGGGAUAGUAUUCUUUGUUCCUCAGCAGAGAACUCCGAAAGUGUGGGGAGUACCGUUAGUCCCGUGGAUACCGUGCUUAUCGAUUGCUACAAAUAUCUUUCUCAUGGGAUCUUUGGGAACUCAGGCUUUUGUAAGGUUUGGGGUUUGCACUUUAGUCAUGUUGCUAUACUAUUUUUUGCUUGGUCUUCAUGCUACAUACGAUAUGGCUCAUCAGAAAAUCGUGCCUAGAUCUUAAACUUAUGAUAUCAGCGAGGGAAUGCAAGUCUAAAAGUCUCCAAAAUCACUCUAAUGUCGUUAUUCUGCUUUCAAGCUUUCUACAUGACUUGCUUCUUUCUGGCAUCUGUGUAACCUGCAAAGGUGAAGACAUAAAGUUUAUACCUUUUUUGGAUAUUGAUAAAAAGAAAAA